GUCAUACCUCGUUGAUAAACACCAAGCCAUAUAGCAUCGCAACACGCCACACACACUUCAAUUCUCACCUUUUGCCCUCUGACUUUGCUGUCAUGUCGUUGCACUCCCCCCGACAGUCGCAGAAUCUGUUCCAAUUCAAUCCAUCGACCCCACCACCUCCGCCCCCAAAGCCCUCUGCCCACUCUAGCGGGCGCGCAACUCCACAGACAGGGCCUCCCCUCCCUCCACCGCCGCCCGGCCAGCCGUCUCAGCCCUACUAUGAUCCUCAGCAGUCGUCCACACAGACCUGCACUCAAAACCCAUCUCAGGCAGGCCAGGAAUCGCUCCUUGUGCAGCCGCCUGACGAUGGUUGGCUGCCGGAUGUUUUGAGGGAUAAGACGACAGUGGACCUCCACCACGUGCUGCAAAAUCCCGACCUCCAGCAAGCCAUUCUCCACAGCCCCGAGACGACGCAUCCUUCGCUGCCAGCUUCCAUCGCACCGUUGCAGGCACUGCUCUCCCAGAACAUCUCGAUUGCGGAACAACUUAAGGUGCUUGAAUCGCAUGUCCAGCACCAACGGCAGAGCACACAGUCACGGCUUCUAACGCUGCGAGCACUGGAGCGCCAGUGGAGGGCGAAGCAGGCGGAACAGGAUGCGGCGCUGCGGGAGUUUAGUCCCCCGGCAUUGUAUCAACGUCUAAGCGCAGCCGUUGCAGAACAGGAAGCACUCUGCCAAGGACUCGAGGAGAGUUUCCUGCACGGGGAAGGUGUGGGUAGUAGUGACGCUGUGGCCAGUGAGAGAGAGGUUACAGACUUUGUCCGAAGAUUAAGAGAAGGCCGGAAGAUCGCAUACCUUCGGGCCGAGAGAAAAGAAAGAUGGGACGAAGGCAGAGUCGGCGGUUGGCGCUAAUCGCCCUCCUCGAGUCCCAAUUUAAUGUUGGGACGAUGUUACUUCGUUUCACCUUGCUGGGCCCGUUUCCUGGAGGACCGGAAAGGCCCGAUAGCCACGUGUGCAGCUGUGGCACAAAUCGCAACACCGCAUGGCUGACUCGAAACACUUCGAGAGCCGUGUGUCUAACGUACCUAGCGUUUAACGGUGGCUGGGUAAGAAUACCUCAUUGCUUCCCGUGAAACAUCAGCGCUCUGGUCCGAAUUCAUGUAUUCACUCUUCAGAUACCUUCCUUAGGGGUAUAGAGAGCGGAAUAGCCAAUUCACGGUAUAAGACAGUGUGUUGAAAUUGCUCGAGGAAUCAUAUGAUCAACGAGAUGCACCCGCAAUUUAGGCAUGGCUCGAAGUCUUGAUUUCAAAUGGAACAUGACGAUAUGCAUGGCUAAUCCGUCGCCCAGAUAGUUGGAGCAGGGUAUAUGAUCCUAGAUACCAUUAUCAUUUACAGAUUUAC